UCCGCCGCGCCGCCCUGCCCGCCGGGCCCUGGUUCCGGCGCGGGGGUCUUGCGGGGGGCGGAGGGGGCGGGAUGCUGCCCGGCGGUACCGCGGAGGCGGACGGGGCGGUGCGGCGGUUGCUGCGGGCCGGAGCGGCGGCCAGGUAUAAAGUGAUGAAGAACUGGGGCGUUAUCGGGGGGGUCGCCGCCGCUCUGGCGGCGGGGAUGUACGUGCUGUGGGGUCCCAUCACCGAGAGGAAGAGGCGCAGGAAAGGGCUUGUACCUGGCCUUCUUAACUUAGGAAACACCUGUUUCAUGAACUCUUUGCUGCAAGGCUUAUCUUCCUGUCCGUCUUUCGUAAAGUGGCUGGAGGAAUUUACAACACAAUACAAGACAGACCAGAACCAGUCCACUGAGCAUCAAUACUUGUCAGUCACUUUGCUGCAUCUCCUAAGAGCUUUAUCCUGUCAAGAGGUAACAGAAGAUGAUGUCCUGGAUGCAAGCUGCCUGUUAGAAGUUUUAAGAACAUAUAGGUGGCAGAUCUCAUCAUUUGAAGAGCAGGAUGCUCAUGAACUAUUUCACGUCCUUACCUCUUCAUUAGAAGAUGAACGGGAUCGUCAGCCACGUGUGACACAUUUGUUCGAUGUGCAUUCGCUGGAGCAGCCAGAAAUAACCCAAAAGCAAAUAAGCUGCAGAACAAGAGGGUCUCUUCCCCCUGUGUCAAAUCACUGGAAAUCUCAGCAUCCUUUUCACGGAAGGCUGACCAGCAACAUGGUUUGCAAACACUGUGAACACCAGAGUCCUGUGAGGUAUGAUACCUUUGACAGUCUCUCACUGAGUAUUCCAGCAGCUGUGUGGGGUCAUCCUAUGACACUGGACCACUGCCUCCAUCAUUUCAUCUCCUCUGAAUCUGUAAAGGAUGUUGUAUGUGACAACUGCACUAAAAUUCAGGCAGAAGGGACUCUGAAUGGACAGAGCAUAGAAAACCAGAGAACAACAUUUGUUAAGCAACUGAAGUUAGGAAAGCUCCCUCAGUGUUUGUGUAUCCAUCUGCAAAGACUGAGCUGGUCAAACCAAGGCACUCCUCUGAAACGCCACGAACAUGUACAGUUCAAUGAGUUCCUGAUCAUGGACAUCUACAAAUACCGCAUUCCUGUUCAUAAAUCAAGCCAGAAUGAGCUGAAUCAGAGACACUCUGAGACAACACCUGGAACAAAGGAUGGGAUAGCAGUAAAACCUUCAGGUGCAGAACAGCCAUCUGGUACUAAACCGGUCUUUAUGAAUGGUGCCUGCCCCUCUUCAUUUUUAAUGUCCUCGGGAACUUUCCCACUUGCUGCAUUCCCUGAAUGCAGUUCCCCUGUAUACCUUUACCGUCUGAUGGCAGUUGUAGUUCAUCAUGGAGACAUGCAUUCUGGACACUUUGUGACUUACCGCCGCUCUCCACCUUCUCCUAAGAACCCACACUCUGUCAGCAGUCAGUGGCUAUGGAUUUCUGAUGAUACCGUUCGCAAAGCUAGUUUGCAGGAAGUCCUUUCUUCUAGUGCUUACUUGCUUUUUUAUGAGCGCAUUCACUCAAGGGUACAGCACCAAAGCUUGGAGUUAAGGGUUGAAGAGUGAUUAAGAGAGCAGAAGAAGGACGAAAACUGACAAAAUUCCUCUAAUGAGAUCUACAUUGCACCUCCUGCCUGUUAUGCAAAUAACCCACCACAGGCCCUUUAACUUUCCCCUCCCUCUAUGGCAAUGGCUGGCUCCUGCUGGGAGUUGUGUUUUGUACUAAAAUUACGCUACCCAAAGUUGGUCUGCUAAUGUUGUGCAGUCCAAAGUAAAUCUGUAUUAGAGAAGCAUUUAUUCUGUUAGGUAGUAAUUUUGUCAACAUCACAGCUCUGAAACAGACAAUUCAAACAGACUUCCCAAGGCUGUAUUCCAUAUUCUGACAUGGCUGUAAAUUUUCAAAGGGAGAUGCUUAAUCCCAUACAUUUCACUGCAGACAUUUCUGAACACGGGAGCCCCAAAAGCAGUUGAUGGGAAGCUACUGUUAUCAAAGGCAAUGAUUUAAGAAACAAAAGUGCCUUGAGCUUAUUUGAAUAGUGACAUUACCAUUGUCUGAGUCCACUGCAUGUCAGUUGCGUUCUGGUAAAUGUCUCAAGAUGAGGGGAUGAACUACUAAUGGAAUCAGGUUUCUCUUGAUAGCCCAGCUAAUCAAUAAAGUAAGGCAUCUCUACAUAGCAUGCACGAUCCAAAAAAUUACUUCCCUGUUCAUGUAAUUUUCCCAAUAUUUUAUUUUUUUAUACAUCAUAGAAGUACUUCUGGUGAUUCAAAAUGCAGUUUCCCUUUUCCAGGAGAAAAGAUAAUUUUUUUAUCUAUUAAGAGCCAAGACCCUGGUAUAUUGCUCUCUAUCUCUGGAAUAUAGCUGAAAUCAAGAGACAGAAGUGUUUGCUAGCAAUCAGUAUUGUAAUUUACUUUGUCACUAUGGAACUGUUGAAUACAGUUGCUUGUAGCAUCGACUACAACUUUUAAUGCUGUGAUUUCAAGGCUACUGUAAUUGGUGUUCUAGACUUGCCCUUCCUAUUUUAAUGCUGAAAACUGCCAUUUCUCAUCAACCAUUCAGAUACAUGCUGUCUGGCUUGCAAUUGAGCUUUAGAGCUUGUACCGGUUGUGAUUGUUAGCUGAGAUGUAUAGCAACCCAAACAUCCUUGUCAAGUUAGAGCAUAAACAAUUGAAUUAGGACUGGUGGGCACUUACUUGUCUUGUGAAGUAGUACAGCAGUCUGAAAAGACUGGUGUCACUGCAUUAGAUACACAGAUUGCCACAUAAACAGAAGUAAGGUGUACUUUGCUGCUCUAUAUUGUUUGAUGUGUCAAAAAAAAAAUAAUCUCAAAGCACGGAGGUAGAAGCAGCAAAAAUUAUCCUUCUGACUACUUUUAAAUUACCAGGAAUAAAGUAUGCAGGCUAUUUUUAGCUCUUUUCUAUCCUUGUAAGCUUGGAGAAAAAGACUAAUUCAUCAGACAAGCUUUUUCAGUGUAAAACAGCAACUAAGUUUUCAAAUGGUAACAACUGUCUUAAUAGGGUUUUUUUUGGGCAACUUUGUACCUCAUACAUUCAUAUUGCUGCCCAAAGCUCAUAGGCAUUCAGAGGCUCAAAACGGGAGGCUCAAAACCAGCCAAAAUAAGAGUGGUAAUGGAUGUAUAUGCAAAACUAUUUACACAGCUCAUCAUUCCAGAGUAUGGAUCACAAUUCCUGCUCCAAGUAAUGUUCAUAGUGCAUAAAAUAGUCUUUAUAAAUCCACCGACAUACUAGUUCCUGAGAAGUCUCCCUGUCUGUGCUAGGCUAGCAGUAGCAUGGUUUUAACCUUUCUAUUUUAAGUUAUGGGAAAACAAGAAGACACCCCCCCCC